AUGGAUAAUAAUAAUAUUAGUAACGAUUCUUUUGAACUUGUAACAGUUGACAAACAACUAGCAAUAGGUCAAUUACAAAUGAAUGAUGAUGACCAUGCUACAACUUCAACUUCUUCAACCACCACCACUACUACUACUAUCUCCACUCUCAACUCUAACCAAGUGAUGCUGGCUUUGUCAAAGGCUCAUUACGCUGGUUCAAGUACCAAAGCUGCAAUGACUCCAAUCUAUAUUCAAUUUGCUGAAAAGUUGUUGUCAUUUAUUGCUUGUAGUCGACAAUGUUGUGAGAACUACCAGUGUGUCGAGAUCACUGGUAAUGGUAAGAUUGACCUAAACAAUGCUAUCAAUGUCCUUUCAUGUCAAUUAUUUCAAGAGAAAAAUGACACGAUACCACCAUCCUAUACAUUGAUGGCAUCGUUACUUGUAGUUUUAUCAUACUUGAUGGGACUUUCUGGAUUUGGUAGAGGCUGUAUUCCAAACAUUGUAAAGAAAACACUUGUCGAGAAGAAUGCAGUCAUUCCACGUAUUGGAUCUGAACUCUAUACCAAGAUCAAUUACUGUUGGAAUAGAUAUUAUGCUCUAGUCGAUCAACACCACAAAAUAGUAUGGGAUCAAUCCAAAAUGACACAGUACCUCCUCAACAAUGGGAUUAGACAAUUCAGUACCUCCAAAUUCCCAACCAAUCCAGAAAAUUUACGUAAUAUUUAUAUUCCAUGUAAAAUGGUGGUUUCUGUGAUCAACAAGACUAUUCUUGGCAUGGAUGGACAAAAGGCAAAUACUCCACCAGUGGUAGAUAUAGAGGCUGCUGAAUCUGUAAUUCAAGAGAUGGGUCGUAUGAUAUUACCUCUUUGGAAAUCAACUGAAAAAGCAACUGAUUUUAAAAAAGCUAUCAUCAUUAGUGUCAUUAAAAUUACUUUGUUGGCAUUCGAGACUGGUAUCACCAACUAUAUCUACAACCCAUUGAUAAACUACCUUAAAUCAGAUAUUCUACUCCAUCUCGAACACAAUUGUUUCGAUUUUAAAGAUGAAAUCGAUUCCACAUCAAAGAUUUUUGUCCAAAUUUUAUAUAACCUUGUAGAAUAUUUAUAA